UCCAAUAGUGUUUUGCAGUUUAUUAAACAUUUAAAUUAGGGGCCUAGAUUAUUAUUAUAUAUUUAAGUAGCCACUCAAAGUAAUAACACGUUUCAUAAUAGCACAAAACGUGCUAGUAGCGCCGUUAGCGGUUAUCAUUAGCGGUUAUUGUUAGCUUGCAUUUAGCUUGUUUAUCAAACCUAUUGCUCAAGACUGUUGAGUUUAACGGCAUCAUUCAUGUUAAAGUGUUAUUCUGCAUGUCAACGCGUAGUGAUGACGUUACAUUGUGUGCGUGUAGUUAACAAAUGUUUCCCAGUUCUGAUUUGAAGAAGUUUGACGUGGAUGUUGAUGAUUGGACUGUGAUUCCUAACCACUUAUUUAGAUGUCAAAAAUCAAACACACUGUUCAUAUUGUUUAUGGCCGACAGAUGAGAAGAUGUGGAGCAUUUAAAGACUUUUUAUAAUGUAUAUUUAAUACCCAGGCUGCAGCUUUAUUCAUCUUUUCAGCUGAAAUUCCUGUGUCACUUAAUGCUGCAUGCAAGACAAAGACAUGUUAGAUCAAGAACCAGCAGAGAUACCUCAACUGUCGUCCACCUUGUGACUAGCCUUUAAAAUAUAUAAUUAAAAAAUUGCCUGUUAAUUAACACUAAAUUUCGGCAUCAUGGUCACCGUAUACAUUUGUUUCGGAGAGGAGUGUUCAUCAGAUAUCUCAACUGUCAUCCAUCUCUGAGAAUUUGAGAAUGGUCUGCUAAUUGUAACGCUCCAUCGUCGCUUUCCCUCUGCAGAGCUCAGAGAACAACCACCCGGUUACCCCAAAAAGAAGAAAGGAUGCACCGGUUGUAGAUCCCGCGUUCUAAUCUGAGGCGGCGGUGGUCUCCUCGCGCCCGGCCCCCGGGAUGCCGUACCACUGCGUGGCUUAUGGAUGCGGCAAAACCGCGGAAGACGGGGCGAAGCUGUUCCGAUUCCCCAAGGACCAUGAGGAGUUUCGCAAGUGGGAGAAGCAGGUCCAGCGCACACGCACCCAGUGGGUCGCCACGCCGAACUCUCACCUCUGCAGGGAGCAUUUUGGCAAGGAGUACUUUGAGCCCAGGCCACACACAGCGGCUCCGGCCCUGAAGCCGGGAGCCGUGCCGACCGUCUUCGUCCGGCCGCACUGUUUCUCCUGCGAGGGAGCGGGCUGCAGCGACUGCCUGCCCGCCAUCCAACGGCGAGGCAUCACCGCGGAACCGAAAGAGCGCGCCACGAGUGCUGAAAAUAAUGAAACGGCAUCCACGCAGGUCGAUGAAGCCGAUGGAGGAGGGGGCAAAGAACGCCUGACGGGAGGAGGGACGAAGCAGGGGGGGAAAAACAAAGAAGAACGACCAGUGGUUUGUGAGUUGUGUGGCACCACCGGCCGUUUUAGCACCUUCUUUUCCAAGACCAAGCGUUUCUGCAGUCUGUCCUGUUCACGUUCCUACUCGUCAAACUCCAAGAAGUCCUCCAUCCUGGCACGACUGCAGGGAAGACCCCCCUCAAAGAAAGCCACAGUGCUGAGCAAGGUGAACAAACUGCCCCCAGCCCCCCCAGCACUGAACGCGUCGGCUACAGGCUUCGAAUGGGGCGCCUACCUGGAGAAGGAAACCUCUGUGGCGGCGUCGGUGUCCUGCUUCAGACACGCCUCGCUGUGCGCCCAGUGGGACGACGUCACUCUGGGGAUGAAGGUGGAGGUCCUGAACACCAACGCGGUGCUGCCCAGCAAAGUCUACUGGAUCGCCACCGCCAUCCAGAUCGCCGGGUACAAAGCCCUGCUGAGGUACGAGGGCUUUGAAGACGACGGCAGCCGAGACUUCUGGUGCAGCCUCGUGUCGGGGGAGGUGAACCCCAUCGGGUGGAGCGCCAUGACCAGCAAGCUGCUGGUGCCCCCACAAGACGUGAAGCAGAGCAUCCCGGACUGGAAAGAGUACCUGAUGUCGACGCUUGUGGGAGCUCAGACUCUCCCCGUGGACUUCUACCUGAAGUUGGCCGAGAGCAUGAAAAACUCUUUCAGGACGGGAAUGCGCGUGGAGGUGGUGGACCCCGGCCACGUGAGCCGGACCCGCCUGGCCAUCGUGGAGUCCAGCACCGGCGGGCGCCUGCGGCUCGUGUACGAGGACCAGAUGGACGCCGCGGAGAAUACGCUCUCCGGCUUCUGGUGCCACAUGUGGAGUCCCCUCUUGCACCCGAUAGGCUGGUCCAAGAGAGUGGGUCACGAUAUCAGAGCGACUGAAAGCAGUGUGGCUGCUGCUGCCAGCGCCUGGAAGGGGACCUGCGACAGCUCCUUCAUGCUCUUCAAGAAGCCCAGGUUUGUUUACAUGGAAGGAAGUUACUUUGAGGAAGGCAUGAAGCUGGAGGCCGUCGACCCUCUGAACCUGGGCAGCAUCUGCGUGGCGACCGUACACAAGGUGCUGUUCGACGGCUACCUGAUGGUGGGUAUCGACGGCGCCGUAUCCAACAACGGCUCCGACUGGUUUUGUUACCACGCCUCGUCGCACGCCAUCCUCCCCGUGGGCUUCAGCAAAAAGAGUGACAUCACGCUCACGGUGCCUCCAGACUACGACUCUCAGACCUUCACCUGGGACAAAUACCUGGAGGAGACCGCAGCUGAAGCCGCGCCGGCCCGCCUGUUCAACGCCGACUACCCCGGCCACGGCUUCUCCCCCGACAUGAAGCUGGAGGCGGUGGACUUGAUGGAGCCGCGCCUGGUGUGCGUGGCCACCGUGAAGCGCCACGUGGGCCGCCUGCUGCUCAUCCACUUCGACGGCUGGGAGGACGAGUUCGACCAGUGGGUGGACCACCAGUCCCCGGACAUCUACCCCGUCGGCUGGUGCGACCUCAUGCGCUACCAGCUGCAGCCUCCCCCAGGACUCGAUUUGGAAACCCAGCCGGCACCGAAUAAGAAAUACAAACCCCCUCUGCACGGGAAAAGGAGAAAGAGACGGAAGAGACAAGUUAAAGACGACGCCGCUCAGCAACCCGAGGGCGGUGGCACCGCCGGGCCUCCGGUGCUAGAAGACCGCCGUCUUCCUCCAGAGGCGCCUCUCGUCGAGCCCAAGGCCGAGCCGGAGGAGCAGGAAAUCUUUGCGGUGCAUGUGAAAGUGGAGGAGAUGGAGGAGGAGGUGGAGGUGGAGGCGCCAGACGACCCUCAACAAGUCCAGGAGGGAGGGGAGUCGCCAGAGCAGAGCGAGGAGGACGAGUGAACCGACGUCGGAAAGAAGCGAAGAGAGCGAGUCGUAGGAGGAGAGCGGCGCCGAGGAGACGAGGACGCUUCAGAGACGAGGACGCUUCAGAGCCGAGGAGGGUGACGAGAUCCAUGAAGAGUCCAACUUAAAGACUUAAUUCCCACUGCAAACCUGUACAUAUGAUUUUUUUGGGGUUGCAUAGCAGACGAAUAUAUUUGUUGUAAUGUUUUUAUUGUUUCUGUUUUAUAUCCAGACGUCGUCUCUUUGCUGUUGUUGUUAAUAUGAGAUAACUGAUAUCAAAAUAAAAGAACACAACU